AUGGACACGCAAGGGGGGCUAAACGUGGGGCAACAGCAGUCGGAACAACCGGCAAGCAGAAGAAAACAACAAACGAUCCUCGUUGCAGGGGGGAGCCGUGGCCCGCGCCCCCCCUCGAAUCACUUGGGUUUGCGCUGGUUCAAGCAGGACCGGGAACGGAAGUGGGCGGAGCUGCCGGAGUACCAUCCUGACGAGCACUUGUUAUUCUUCGCCCACAUAAUCAAGACUUCAGGGACUUCGCUAAGUUUCGUGCUUCGCGACAUUUUCGGGGAAGAGGCCGUGGUUCCGACUUCUCACGAAUCCGGGUACAUGAAGCUGGGUGAGGUACAGGGUCACGACGACAACUGGUGGGCACCUUACGAGGCGGUGACGUACGCGCACAAUGAAGAGGACAAGCAUCGGUGCGUCUACGGCCAUGCGUGGGUGAAGCCAGAAAAAGGGGGCGAUCACCAUGACGAGGAAAGCUGCAACUCGUUGAAGGCCAGCGGGAAACAUAACGCCAUACUGGAGGAGUACUACGACCGCAUGGCGGAAUCUGCAAUCAAGAGACUGGGGGAUGGUUUGUGGGUAGGUGUGACGGAGAGGUCGGAUGAGGCGGAUUGCCUUCUGUUCCUGACUCUUGGGAAGGGUUCGACAGGCAUGGGGUCGUACCGCCACAAAGAGCCUAGGCCCAUCUCGGUGUGGCAUGAGGCUGCAAUGUCAAAAGUUACACAGUACGACCAAGCUGACUGGAAGGUUUUCAACGCAGCGAACGACAUUCUCGACCUCCGCAUUUGGACGGCGCGGGAACGUCUGAAGCACGCGGGCGAAGAGGAGCUUGAAAGGCUGGGAAAGCACUGCGUGAAUGUCAUCAACGGGCAGUGA